GCAGCGGUACGGUUAAUUGAAGCAGAAGAGUAUUGAACUCUUGUUUCUAAGCUAGAAAUGGGAACCAGGGGAGUUAUUGGAGAUAAAUGGUCCAUGAGGAUUCUCUGGGCCUGUGCAAUUGGAAGUGCAAUUGGUCUGUAUAUGGUUGCUGUAGAGAGACAAACGCAGAACAGACACCGAAUGUUGGCUGAAAGUCUAGAAGCAGCUGAAGCAGAAGGCGCUGGAGAUGAAGUUUAAAGGUGGAUGUUCCUAAAUUUGAAUGAACUUUUUUUUGUAACAACUUUUUAAAGAACUACCCAAUAUUUCAAACUGGGGGUCCUUUUUUUUCAUGUAAAAGGCUUUUGUUUAUUUGUUCUUCGGAAUUCCCAAUGGAAAUCAGGAUAAAUGUUC